CUUCCGCCGAACGAAGCUUCCGAGAGUUCUUUUUGUUACUGUUUGCGAUAAUAAUGGUACGCUCGCGCAAGCCUAUUUUGAUCGACGGACGUGGUCACUUGCUUGGCAGACUGGCCUCGGUCGUUGCCAAGCAAAUCUUGACUGGUCGCUCGGUGGUGGUCGUGCGCUGUGAGGAUUUGCAGCUAUCAGGCCACUUUUUCCGCAACAAGAUAAAGUUUUUGGCCUAUUUGCGGAAACGUUGCAAUGUCAACCCGGCACGCGGUCCAUUCCAUUUCCGUGCCCCAAGCCGAAUGCUGUGGAAGGCUAUUCGUGGAAUGGUUCCCCACAAAACUAAGCGCGGCCAGAAUGCGCUGCGUCACCUGAAAGUGUACGAAGGUAUACCUCCGCCAUUCGAUACGCAGAAGCGGCUAGUGGUUCCGAUCGCCCUCCGUCAACUUUGUCUGCGCCCGGAUAGGAAGUAUUGUAGUGUUGAUCGUGUUGCGCACGAAGUUGGAUGGAAGUACCGCGACGUUGUGAACAACCUAGAAGCAAAACGCAAGAUCAAGGCACGCUUGUCCUAUCUUCAUAAGAAGAAGCUGAAGAAAAUCACAUGGAAAGCUCGUGCUGCUGUUGCAGAAAAAACCAAACCACAUAAUGAGGUUCUGCAGCAAUACGGCUACCUUACGUCCGAGUUCGAGAAGAAGUACACGCGCCCAGUGGUGAAUGUUCCCCAAAGGCCUGGAAAGAAAGAGCGCAAGGAUUUGUAUCUUGCCGCUAAAGCUCAGCGCAAGGCUGCCAGACUGGAGGCGAAAAAAUUGGGAAAGGUUGUCAAGAAAACCAAGUCUAAGCCGAAGGCAAAGUAAACAGCAAAAUCGGCAUUUCUCUUAAGAUCAAUGCCACUUCAGCAGACGCAGCAGUGAAAAUCUUGGAAUUGUGAUGCAGUACCAUUCUCGUGUCGCGUAUCAGAUUUUUCAUUGAACGAUGUGUCAAGAAAUCUAAGCAAACAAUGAACAGAAAAUACAAACAUCAGUGUUUUGCUCGCGUACAACAAGUGAAGUUUAUCAAUCGAUUAAACCCAACA